CAACCAGUUGCAGAAGAGAAAAACCGAGUCAGUGCAAGUUAAAAUGGCUAUCGAUAAUUUUGAAAAAUGUAUUGUCGAUGUGAGAAAUAAAAUUGAUGACAAUAAAUGAAGCCAAAAGUAUUUGCACUGAUCCCCAAGGCAACAAAAGGAGACGACGUAAUAAUAGCAGUCACGAUCACCGAGUUGCCGCAUUAGAAGUAUGCGACAAUAUAAUUUCAAUUCAAAGAUCAUUUGGUAGCCGCAUCCCUUUUUUUCCCCGAACACUUUGGAGAAUACUGUGGUAAGUUUCCUGAUGACAAGUUGGAAACUACCUUCUUGGCUUAUCCCGAAUUAGAAAAAAGUUGUUUAAAGACAGAGUUGUCUGUUAUUUAUGUACGAAAUGAUUGCCGAGAUUUACAUGGAAC